AUGCAUAUCCUUCCAGGAUCCCAACAUGCGGCAGGGUUGGGCAACAGUGAAACUCCAAUACAUCCUGUCCAUUGCGAUCCAGAACAGAAAGCCAGGACUAUCCCGCAAGUGAAGGGUAUAGCUCAUGUGGACCCUAAGUGGCGACCGUCAUACCACCUUGCUGCGCCUCGGGGGUGGAUGAAUGACCCCUGCGGGCUUGGAUAUGAUCCGACGACUGGACUGUACCAUCUGUCCUUCCAAUGGAACCCGCACGGGAAUGACUGGGGCAACAUCUCCUGGGGCCAUGCCACUUCCAACGAUCUGGUGUCCUGGCAAAUAUCCCCCGAACCAUGUCUCACGCCGUCUGCGGAGUAUGAUAGAUGCGGCGUGUUCACUGGCUGCUUCCGUCCUCACGGUCCGGAUGGCAAGCCGGGUGUACUUACGUAUGUAUACACGUCCGUGAAUCACCUUCCACUCCACUAUACCCUGCCGUAUGUCAAGGGCAGUGAAUCGCUCAGUAUAGCAGUCUCCCAUGACCAUGGCACGACAUGGAAACGAUUCGACAGUAACCCGAUUCACCCCGGCGCCCCUGCAGGACUUGAGGUAACAGGCUGGAGAGACCCUUAUCUGAACUGCUGGCCCUCGUUGCUCUUUGUAUACGCCGUCAAUCCCGACAAUCUGACGGAGUGGACAUACAUCGGGCCUUUGGUUCAUGUUGGCCUGAAUUUUCGACCCUCUCGAUGGUCGGGAGAUCUCGGCGUCAACUGGGAAGUAGCCAACUGCUUUACGUUGACAGAUGAUGGCGUCUCCCGAGAUUUCGUGAUCUUCGGCGCAGAGGGAUGCUUAUCUUCCGAGGUUGGAUCAAAGAGAGUACCGCGCUCCCUGCUCUGGACGUGUAUUACUAUCCGACCUAGACUGCAGGCGCAAAGCAGUUGCGAGCCUCUCGCAGAGUAUGCAUUCUCGGGGAUCUUCGAUCACGGGUGCUGCUACGCCGCAAACUCAUUCUGGGAUCCGGUCACGGAGGAGUACGUCGUAUACUGCUGGAUUACAGAAGAGGAUUUACCGGAUCGCCUGCGCCAUCGACAAGGUUGGAGUGGCGUCAUGUCUCUACCGCGACUGGUAAGGCUGGUGACUCUGGACAAUGUCAAGCGAGCCCACCAUUCGAAGCUUGAAUCCAUUACGUCUAUCGAAACGGAGCGCCAUUCGCAAGGUACACGGGUCCGAACAUUGAGUAUCCGGCCGGACCCCAGACUCGACAUACUUCGAACAUCAGCACGAGAGUUGCAUUUAUCCACGGUACAACUGGGCUCUUCGGUCUGUCAGCCCCCUGCAUUCUUGCCCUUGCGCACUGCUAGGUGGGAAUUGAACGCAACUUUCGUGGUUGGGACGCACUGCGCGGCAGUAGGAUUGGAAAUCGGCCAUAGCCCUGAUUUCCACCAGCGCACCACCCUAUCAUGGAAACCAUACGACGAGACGUUCACAAUCGAAAGGUCUUCGCCUCACGAUGCCGGUAUCAACCAUGCCCCCGAGACCGCUCCGCAUACCCUCUUCACCUUCUGCAACAGUAAUGGCGAGGAGGUGACGGAAUCGCUUCAGAUCCACGCCUAUUUCGACGCAAGUGUGCUCGAAGUGUUCGUGAAUAGCAGAACGGUCAUCUCCACACGCAUCUAUACACCUCAUGCGCAGACCUGCACGGGGUUGAAAUUCUUCGCCUCGGCAACCGAAAGUCAGCUGAAACCAUCGACAUCUGCUGCUGCUGCUGCCGCUGUGCUGCUGCGGGCAGAUGUCUGGGAUGGACUGAGUGUGAUUCGGGAUGAAAUUAAGCAUUAGAUAGAUCUCUAGACUAGCGUUGUAUCUCAUGACAGGCCCACAUAGACGCGGGAGCAAACUCGUAACUAGGAAGACAGGGGUCGAAAUGAACUAAACAUGGUACUCGCGUUCUGAUC